GGACGGCGGGGACAUGGCGGCUGUGCUGUUCGCGCUGCUGGCGCUCGCGCUGCUGCGCGCCGGGGGCGCCUCUGCGGCAGCGGGCACCGUGACGACUUCUGUGCAGAGCGGGGAUUCCUGGGUGCAGCUCACCUGUACCUUGAACACCAGCGCCGCGGGCGUCACUGGGCACCGCUGGCUGAAAGGGAAGGAAGUGGUGAAGGAGGACCAGCUGCAGGGCCUGCACACCGAGCACAACGUGACCGGGGACGACAGGUUUGGCAAGUACUCCUGCCUCUUCCUCCCCAAGGACACGGGCGAGGCCACGCUGACCGUGGACGGGCCCCCCAGAAUUAAGGCUGUGAAGAAGUCGGAGCACGCCAACGAGGGCGACUCGGUCACCCUGCUGUGCAAGUCGGAGUCCUUCCCCUUCGUGACCGCCUGGGUCUGGUACAAGGUGGCCGACUCCGGGGACCAGGUCAUCCAGAACGGCUCCCAGAGCAGGUUCUUCAUCAGCCACUCGGAGGCCCAGUCGGAGCUGCACAUCAAGGACCUGGACCUGACCUCCGACCCCGGCGAGUACGCCUGCAACGGCACCAGCCUGCAGGGCACGGACGCGGCGGUGGUCACCCUGCGCGUGCGCAGCCGCCUGGCCGCCCUCUGGCCCUUCCUGGGCAUCGUGGCCGAGGUGCUGGUGCUGGUCACCGUCAUCUUCAUCUACGAGAAGCGGCGGAAGCCGGAUGAGGUGCUGGACGACGAGGACGCCGGUGCCGCGCCACUGAAAAGCAGCGGGCACCACGUGAAUGACGACAAGGGCAAGAAUGUCCGACAGAGGAACGCCAGCUGAGCCGGCCGCUCCGGGUUGGGGUGCAGCUGCGAGGAGCUGAGCCCUGCCCACCAAGGCUCCGCCCAGGGCUGGAGGCCACACCCCUACACCUGCCUGCUCCAAGGCUCCGCCCAGGGCUGAAGGCCACACCCUUACACCUGCCCUCCAGGCCCCUUGUGGGGGGGGGGACCCUGCCCUUUGAGGAAGGUCACAGGAGGCCCGGCCUCCAGCCUGUCUGGCCACGCCCUGCGCUUCCAUUUUUAUUCCUGGCUUCUGAGGGCACAGGACAGCUGUGGGGCCUCAGCUGCCCGCAGGGUGGCAGCCUCGUCCCCCAAUAAAGACUGACCCCACCCGU